CAUUCAGAAUCAGAUCAUCAGAGUAAGCAAUACACAACAGGAUGAGCAUGAGCAUUGCUUUACCUUCUUUCUCUCGUUUGUCCUCUCUUGGGUCAGCCAUGGGGCUGCACUCUCCUCUCAAGUACAAGCAUAGUCGGUCAAACAGUAUGCCCUCAAGGCUGCAGGGACACCCAAUUCUCGCAGACGCACUUGUAAGUGAGGUGGAAAGACUGGAGGAGUCUUGUUCUUCUUCCUUAUCGUUUGGAUCAGAUUGGUUUGGAAAAGCAUUGCAGAUGGUGGUGAAUUGCUAUUCCAAUUUGUCAAACGUACAGAUAGACAUGGAAGGUGUGGUGAGCAAAUGGAUGAAUGCACAUCUGGAUGACAUACUUCACCUCCUUGAGGCGUGCAAUUUGUUGAGGGACAUCAUUACAGAAAUCAGGAAGCAGCACACUAGUGUGCAGGCAGCCAUUCGUGGCCUUGGCCCUGCUCUCACUCGCUCUGCGCAUGCCGAUGAAAGGGUACGCGCCUCCCUUGCCAUUUGGCUCAGUAAGAAGAAGGACACACACACCCAGCUAGAGAAAUGCAUGUCCAUUUUGAGGCGAAUGGCAGAGAAGCUCAACGUUGAGGAUAAAGCGGGAUUAGCACAAGCUGCCAUCGACAUCAACCAUGCCAAGGCCAUCACCGUCAUGAUCUUCUCUGCCCUUGUCAAUGCUCUUUCUUUCAAGACAUCCCACAUGAGGAUACCAUCUCUUCCUCUUCCUGCCCAUUUCACUUCUCUGCAACACAAGCUCAAGGAGGCAUUUGAGAUGAGAAAGAGGUCAUCAUCAUUAUUAUCAACGUCAGUGCACGAGUUAGAGGCAGCAGAUAUUGCACUGGGAAAUCUCAACAAUCUUCUUAACUCCAAGUCCAAAUUGCAGCUUCAGCUUCAUCUCUCUCCUUCCACGUUGGCACUCAAUGACUUGGAGACUGCUCUUCCCCUCCUUGAAAACAAAAUCAACCAGCUAUUCAAGUUUCUCAUCUCUGCCAGAGUUGCACUCUUGAACAUCCUUUCUUCUUAGUGACCGGCCACUUACUCCCAGCGAAUUCUUUCUGAGGUUGUCAAAUUGGCCUCUUAAACAGUUUGGAGCCUCCAAAAUACAUGUACAAUAUAUGUAUAUCAAUAGU